AUGAAUAAUUCAUCAUUUCAAAUAUGUACGAUAUGUGUUGAAGAAAAUAUUGUUAAACCAAAAUUAGGUAUACAUCCAUGUCAUGGAUGCCAAUUUUCAUUUUGUUUAAUACAUUUAACAAAACAUCGACAAGAACUUUUACAAAAACUUGAUUCAAUUAUAAUGCAAAGAGAUGAAAUAUUUGAAACUAUAUUUAAUAAUUUAAAUAUCAGUAAUGAUAACAUUAAAAAAUCAUUGAAAGAUAAUGAUGAAUGGGAAACAAAGAUGCAUGAAGAAGUACAUGAAAUUGCUGAACAAAAUCGUGAUAGAAUUCGAUUAGAAUAUAGCAAACAAUUCAAUGAACUAAAAGAUCGAUAUGCUCUAUUUACUAAAGAAUUAAUAGAUAAACGUGAUAAUGAUGAUUUUUUUGAAUAUGAUAUUGAACAAUUAUCUAUUAAAUUAGAACAAUUUAAACAAGAAGUAUAUGAAAUUAAUAUUAAUCUUCAAUUAAAUCAUUUAGAUUGGUCUCGAUUAAUUCAUAUUAAUGAACAAGAAGACUCACCGAUAUCCUCCUAUUUAAAUAAUUCAAAAUUAUUAUUUGAACGACAAGUAAUUUCAUUACAUGAUCGAAAUUGUUUUUUUCUUGCUGCAUCUAAUACAUAUAUCUUAGCUUAUAUAUUAAGUAUUAAUCGAAAUGAAAAUCGUCUUGUACUUUAUAGUACAUUAAAUGGAAAUGAACUUUGUUCAACUGAACUUGAUAUUCGACUUGGUAAUGUUUGUGAUAUGAUUUAUGUUGAUAAACUCAAUCAUUGUUUUCUUGUUGUAUGUAGACAAGCAAUUCUUAUUUAUGAACCCGAACAAAUGGUUUUAACAAAUCUAUCUGAUAUAAAACCAAUUGAUGAACAUCCAUUUUGGUCAAUUGCAAUAUCAUAUGAUACAAAUGAUGCUUUUAUUAGUUUAGAUAGUAAUGGUUAUAUUGAACGAUGGUCAAUAGAAACUCAUCCGAAUUGGGUAUUAAUUAAACGUUGGAAUAUAAAUGAAAUUUUACAAAAUAUUGAUCAAGGUAUUCGAAUGAUUCGAAUAUGUGAAACGAAAAAUCAAUUAGCAAUUGUUAUACUUCAACAAAAUCGAUAUUGGCGUAUUGAUUUAUAUGAUUUUAAUUUAAAAUUAAUUCGUUAUGGUCGAGAAUUAAUACUUUCAAAUGAUAUUGAUAAAUUUAGUUUUGGUUGUCGUCUUAUAAUUUUACCAGAUAAUGAAACAUGGUUAUUAACAGAACGAACAACUCAUUCAUUAUGGUAUGCCAAUGAUUUAACAGUAAAACAAAUUGAUAAACAUGUUCAUAGUGCAUGUUUAAUCAUUAAUAAUAAUAAUCAACAACGAAAAAUUGUUGUUAGUUACAGUAACGAUCCGAAACGAAUUGAAAUAUUUAAUCUCUAA